AUGCCGGGCCCGGGCCCGGGGGCGGCCGCGCUGCUGGGCGCCGUGGCCCUGCUGGCCGAGGUGUGGCGGCGGGUGCGGGACGUGCGGCGGCUGGGCCGGCCGGAGCCGGCGGGGCGGAGGGCCGGGGCGCUGGGCUGCGAAGCGCUGCGCAGGCUGGCGGGGCUGCGGCCGGUGGGCGCGGGGGACACCAAGGCCGUGGUGCGCGCCGAGCUGGGCGGGGGCCGGGCGCUGGCGCUAAAGACCGUGCGCCCCUUCGGGCCCGAUGUCAGCCGCUGCCUGCAGAGCCCGGGGGCCGGGCCCGCCGCCUGCCGCCGCCUCGCCAACCUCAAGCUGCUGAAGGAGCUGGCCCUGCUCCAACGCCUGCGCCACCCGGCCGUCGUCAAGUUGUACGGCCAGUGCUACGAUCAUAACCCAGAUGGGGAGAUCGGGGUCACCGCCAUCCUGGAGUUGGGAAGCCCUCUGGAGUUCAUUCAGCUCCUGCAGACCCCCUGGGAGGAGAGAUUUAAAAUUUGUUUAGGGCUGGUGAGGUUGCUGCACUACCUGGCCCACUCCCCACUGGGGUCGGUGGCCUUGUUGGAUUUCCAGCCACGGCAAUUUGUCCUGGUGAAUGGACACUUGAAAGUGACGGACCUGGACGAUGCCAGCACCGAGGAGCCGGAGUGCCAGACAGAUGAAUACUGCACCCUGGACUUCCCCGACAGGACGUUCCCUGGCCGCUGUGGUGCCGCCGGCCGCUGUCAUGGCCUAAACGAAAAGCGGAACCUCUACAAUGCCUAUCGGUACUUUUUCACAUACCUUUUGCCACACACAUCACCUCCUGCCUUGCAGCCUCUUCUUCUGGAUAUUCUGAACGCCACAGGUGAUUUACGAUAUGGGAUCAAUGAGACGCUAGCCACGUUUGAAGAAGUGCGCCGUUUGUACGAGUCUGGGCUUUAUCUCCAGAACAGCCCCCCACAUCUGAAAGAUUACAUUCUUCUGAAGGGCUUCCGCCCGAAAGAUAGCCAGGACUACAGGUGCUGGCCCUCCUACAGCCACCUGGGGUGCUUGCUCUCUGUCCAUGAUGCCGAGGAGGCAGCCAGCAUCUGUGCCUCCCACCCGCAGUGCCAGAGUUUCAUCAUCCACCGGGAGCAGACGUGGGCAGGCCGACACCUCGCAUCCUUCCGGAGCAGUAUGGCUGAGCUGAUUCCCGAUGCCCAUUCUCAGGUGUACAGGAAGCGAUCCGGGGCCCGAAGUGGUGAGGCGCUGUAGCCAGCUUUUGGAGACCUGUGCUAUGCAGGAGGGCACUUUCUCCUUUCUCACUAGAGGGGACCACUGGGUCACCACGGGGCAGGCCUCGGCUGGCCUAGAAUGGUCAUCAUCUCUCCCAGGUGGAGGGUUUCCUUGCCCCACCAGCGAUGGACAGCAUUGGUAUCUGGUGUGGUAGGAUGCUCCAGGCCUGAUGGGUGCCCCGUAGGCGUGCCCGGACCUAAGGCGGAUCAUCAUGAGCUCAUGGCAUCUCUGCAAGGUCCAGCUGCGGAAACUGCCAGGACCUGGACUGCAGGGGAUGCAGCGCUCCUGGCCCCAGCGACCCGAAGCACGGAUGGCCGUUUCCAGUUUAAUAACCUUGGAGGUUGAGGUUGUCCUGUGUACUUUCAGUGAAAGCAUCAUUAAGGAGCAGAUUGUCAAGGACUUUGAGAUCCUGUUUCCUAGGCACUUCAUUAAAGAGAUGGCCUGGGAUGGGCCCUCUUGAGGGAGCGGGGAGGUGCUCGGUGAAAAAUCACAGCCCCCGGUAUUAGUAUUAACCAUCACUUGUUCCUUUGUUCUGGGAUAUCUCACUCAGGGAGUGAGCGUGGCCGUGUCUUCAGAUUGAACUUGGACCCUGCAGGCUGUUGCUGAGGGGAUUCCUGCCCCUCCUCUCCUCCCCGCCCCCAUUAGCCAGAACUCUUGGGAUUUUAUCAAGUUUUCCAUUCCCGUUGGACUCUGAAAUAACAACAGCCCCCAACCAGAGGUGGUGGAGAAUGGAAGGAAGGGCCCAGAGCGGCAGGGCCAGCUUGCUCGCCACCUCAGAGACUGGCCCCAUUUCAUUUUGAGAUGUGGCCUUUUCCCAGGAAAUGGAGUGAACCACUUUCCAGCCAAUUCCUCGGUAACAGCACUCUGGAUCAGACCUGGAAGAGGCCCGCAGCCCAGCCAGGCAUGCAGCAUUCUGGAAAGGGGCAGGUCUCGACAACAGAAGCUGUGAGGGGGCGAGGGAGGGGAAGCCCAAAUAGAACAAGGUCAGGUGCUGCAGACAGCUAAAACCUCAACACACUACGCCAGCUCUGACACUGGUCUGCCGGGUAAGCUUGGGAAAAAUCACUUACCCUCUCUGGGCUGCAGUUUUCUCAUCUAAAAAAUGGGUAUUGCUCUCCUACCUUCUUUGAUUGAGAGCCCUCCGGGGGAGUUAGACUGUGUCUGAUCUGAAUGUCAAUCAGUGAUAUUUAUUGAGCACUUAGGGUGCAGAGCACUAUGCUAAGUGCAUGGGAGGGAACUUUACAGUAGAGCUGGUAGACACGAUCCCUGCCCACAAAGAGCUUACAGUCUAGAAGGGAUGACAGAUAUGAAAAUAAAUCACAGGGUAAGGGAAAUGGCAGAGAAUAAGGCUAAGGGUGGGGCAAUGAUAUCUUGUACGUAUGUACUCCAGCACUUAGCACAGUGCUUUGGGCUGCAGAAAUUGCUUAAUAAAUGCCAUCAUUAUGGUAUAGAUGGGAUUGUCAGUACUGCCUUGGCCUUUUCAGUCCACCUCACACCCACGGGUUUACCUCUUCAAUAGUGAAUAUGAAGGCUUGUAUAUAAACCAGGCUUCCAUUCAAUACUAUUUCUUGAAUUAUUUCCUCUAGACUGUAAGCUCGAGGGCAAGAAAUGUGUAUAUUGUUAUAGUGCACUCUCCCAAGCACUUAGUACAGUGCUUUGCACACUACAAGUGCUCAAUUAAUACAAAUGAAUAUUGAAAACCUAUUUACAGAGCACUAUACUAAGCAGUUCAAUGAAAGUAAAACACAGUCCCGCCCCCUCAAGGAGUUGAUGAGUUUACGUUAUAAUGCAGGAAACAGGCAGACAUGAAUUGUUUACAUACAGUGGAAAGAUGAAGAAAAACUAGGAUACAUCUCAUAAUAGCAAAAAGGUAUGGGGAAAAAUAAACAAGACUUUUAAAAUUA